ACAACUUUCUAUAGUGUGAUCUUUUCCUCUAAUCUUGUUAUCAUUUUCAUUUCCCUUUUGCUUUGAAGGUAAUAAUGGGCAGGAGAAUCAAGAUUCCUGUGAACUGUUCCAAGUGAUCAAUGCUAAAGAUGGAAUGGAGAUGUUUAGAAUUCAAAUGGAAUUCGAAAGCCAUGAGAGAAACCAGUCAAAGAUUUGGAAUCUGGAAAGUUCAUCUUCCACUGAUGCUCCAAUGCAAGACUUUCUUGCCCAAGAAGAGAAAAUAAGGGAAACAUAUACUGGGAAACGUGUGAAGCUAAUCAAAACUGAAUUACAUGUGAAUGAACACUAUUUAACACAAAACAAAGAAGAUGCUAUAAAAAAAGACAACGGAGUAAAUUCCAACGGCACAUUCAUUCUUUCUCUUGGUAAUAACUUCCUUACAUCUCAAAAAGUGAUUGAUACAAAUGAGAAGCCUUAUAAAUGUUUGGAAUGUGGAGCAUGUUUUAGAACAAGAAGGCAACUUACUUCCCAUGAAAGGAUUCACACUGGGAAGACACUCUACAUAUGCAAUGAGUGUGGAAAGACCUUUGCUAAUAACAAUAUACUUACUAUCCAUAAAAGGAUCCACACAGGGGAGAAACCAUAUAAAUGCAUGGAGUGUGAAAUGACUUUUGCUCAUAGCAGUAAUUUGAUUUCCCAUAAAAGGAUCCACUCAGGAGAGAAGACAUAUAAAUGCAUGGAAUGUGGAAAGACUUUUGCUCAUAGCAGUACACUUACUUCCCAUAAGAUGAUCCACACAGGGGAGAAGCCGUAUAAAUGCAUGGAGUGUGGAAAGACGUUUACUCAGAGCAGUGGACUUAGAAGACACAAAAAGCUCCACACAGGAGAGAAACCAUUUAAAUGCAUGGACUGUGGAAAGACAUUUGCUGAAAAACGUAAUCUUAUUUCCCAUAAAAGGAUCCACACAGGGGAGAAGCCAUAUAAAUGCAUGGAGUGUGGAAAGACCUUUGCUCAAAGAGGUACUCUUAUGUCCCAUAAGAUGAUCCACACAGGGGAGAAACCAUAUAAAUGCAUGGAGUGUGGAAAGACCUUUGCUAGUAGCAGUUAUCUUAUUUCCCAUAAGAUAAUUCACACAGGAGAGAAACCAUAUAAAUGCAUGGAGUGUGGAAAGACCUUUGCUAGUAGCAGUUAUCUUAUUUCCCAUAAGAUAAUUCACACAGGAGAGAAACCAUAUAAAUGCAUGGAGUGUGGAAAGACCUUUGCUCAGAGCAGUGGACUUACUAUCCACAAAAGGCUCCACACAGGGGAGAAGCCAUUUAAAUGCAUGGAAUGUGAAAAGACCUUUGCUCUAAGAAGUCAUCUUAUUUUACAUAAAAUGAUCCACACAGGGGAGAAGCCAUAUAACUGCAUGGAGUGUGGAAAGACCUUUGCUCAAAGAGGUACUCUUAUGUCCCAUAAGAUGAUCCACACAGGGGAGAAACCAUAUAAAUGCAUGGAGUGUGGAAAGACCUUUGCUAGUAGCAGUUAUCUUAUUUCCCAUAAGAUAAUUCACACAGGAGAGAAACCAUAUAAAUGCAUGGAGUGUGGAAAGACAUUUGCUCGGAAGUAUUAUCUCACUUGCCAUAAGAUGAGCCACACAGGGGAGAAACCAUAUAAAUGCAUGGAGUGUGGAAAGACAUUUGCUCGGAAGUAUUAUCUCACUUGCCAUAAGAUGAGCCACACAGGGGAGAAACCAUAUAAAUGCAUGGAGUGUGGAAAGACAUUUGCUCGGAACAGAGAAGACAGUCAGGAACAUCCUGAGGCGGCGAAGGAAGUGACAUCACUGAGCCUUGCCUCUCUAGGACGUCACCCACUCGCUCUCCUUAACCCCUGGGGCUCCGCAGGAGGCGCAGAGGCUGCGCGAGAGUCUUGCGGGGGGACAUCCAGACGUGCCUCGGAUACAGAAACUGGAAGCCAUUUGGGGUCUUUGAAAGGCAAACUUUUUUCUUGGGAAGGAAAAAAAAGCAGAAUAACUUGCAAGGAUCCGUCCUGCAGCCCCAGAAAUGGUCCCGUGAAGGAAAAGGCAUCCGGAGACCCACCAGAGUCCUGGGAGCCAUCUGGAGUUGCUCUGCAGGACAGAGAUAGGAUGGAGACACAAACUUUUGCCAAGGAGGGAAGCAGAAAAGUCCCUUCAGUUGUUCAGCCUGGGAAGGGAGGGGAGCUCUGGACAAGGACUAGGCAGAAGAUCCUGGAGGAGGAAACCAUCCUCCCUUCAGAAGUUCAGCUGUGGAAUUUCAUCCAAUACUGGGAGGCUGAGGGUCCCCGAGGAUUUUGCAGCCGACUCUAUGACGUUUGCAGGCGAUGGCUGAGACCAGAAAAACACACCAAAGCCCAGAUGCUGGACCUGGUGGUUCUGGAGCAUCUCCUGGAUCUUCUGCCUCCAGAGAUGGAGAGCUGGGUUCGGGAGUGUGGAGCAGAGAGCAGCUCCCAGGCGGUGGCCCUGGCAGAAGGCUUCCUCCUGAGCCAGGCGGAGGAGCAGAAGGAACAGGUCCAGUUGCAGUGCUGCGCUUUGGAGAUCAGAGAUCCUGAGGGAGAGAAGAACCCAUCAAAUCCGCCUCAGGAGCUAUUUUUCAGGACGAUCCCUUGGGAAGAUCAAAGUCAGGACACCUCAGGAGAGAAACAAAGAAUGAAGCUUUCUAGUUUUUAUGACGGAGAACAAACAGCGGCUGAACCUCCAAAACAAGAGAGUCUGGUGUCCUUCGAGGAGGUGGCUGUGUAUUUCUCUGAGGAGGAAUGGUCUCAGCUGGAUCCUGACCAGAAAGCGCUGCAUUCGGAAGUGAUGCUUGAAAACUAUAGGAACGUGGUCUCUCUGGGUAAUAAUGGGCAGGAGAAUCAAGAUUCCUGUGAGAUGUUCCAAAUGAUCAGUGCUAAAGAUGGAACGGAAAAAUUUGGAAUUCAAAUGGAAUUCAAAAGCUAUGAGAGAAACCAGUCAAAGAAUUGGAAUCAGGAAAGCUCAUGUUCCACUGAUGCUCCAAUGCAAGACUUUCUUGCCCAAGAAGAGAAAAUAAGGAAAAAACAUACUGGAAAAUGUGUGAAGUUAAUCAAAACUAAAGUACAAGUAAAUGAACACUAUCUAACCAAAAACAAAGUAGACGAUGCUAUAAGAAGACAGGACAAACAAAAUUACAAUGGGACAUUCAUUCUUUCUCUUGGAAAUAAGUUCCCUACAUAUCAAAAAACGAUUGAAACAAAAGAGAAGCCUUAUAAAUGUUUGGAAUGUGGAAAAUGUUUUAGAACAAACAGGCAACUUACAAUUCAUGGAAGGAUCCACACAGGGGAGAAACCAUAUAAAUGCAUAGAGUGUGGAAAGACCUUUGCUCAUAACAAUACACUUAAUAUCCAUAAAAGAAUCCACACAGGGGAGAAACCAUAUAAAUGCAUAGAGUGUGGAAAGACCUUUGCUCAUAACAAUACACUUAAUAUCCAUAAAAGAAUCCACACAGGGGAGAAACCAUAUAAAUGCAUAGAGUGUGGAAAGACCUUUGCUCAUAACAAUACACUUAAUAUCCAUAAAAGGAUCCACACAGGGGAGAAACCAUAUAAAUGCAUAGAGUGUGGAAAGACCUUUGCUCAUAACAAUACACUUACUAUCCAUAAAAGGAUCCACACAGGGGAGAAACCAUAUAAAUGCAUGGAGUGUGGAAAGACCUUUNAGAAUCCAAAUCACGUGAAAUCUCAAAAAGCUAUUGACAGAAAAGAGAAGCCUUAUAAAUGUUUAGAAUGUGGAAAAUGUUUCAGAAAAAGCAAGCAACUUACUAUCCAUAAAAGGAUCCACACAGGGGAGAAACCAUAUAAAUGCAUGGAGUGUGGAAAGGCAUUUACUCAGGUCAGUAACCUUAGAAGCCACAAAAAUGUCCACACAGGAGAGAAACCAUUUAAAUGCAUGGAAUGUGGAAAGACGUUUGCUUAUAGUAGUGGGCUUGGAAGGCACAAAAAUGUCCACAGAGGAGAGAAACCAUUUAAAUGCAUGGAAUGUGGAAAGGCCUUUGCUCAAAAAAAUCAUUUUACUUCCCAUAAGAUGAUCCACACAGGAGAGAAACCAUUUAAAUGCAUGGAAUGUGGAAAGACCUUUGCUUAUAGUAGUGGGCUUAGAAGCCACAAAAAUGUCCACAGAGGAGAGAAACCAUUUAAAUGCAUGGAAUGUGGAAAGGCCUUUGCUUAUAGUAGUGGGCUUAGAAGCCACAAAAAUGUCCACAGAGGAGAGAAACCAUUUAAAUGCAUGGAAUGUGGAAAGGCCUUUGCUUAUAGUACCCAUUUCCUGGUCCAGCGGAAGGAUGAGUGCCACUUCCUCAACGGGACGCAGCGGGUGCGAUACCUGGCCAGGUACUUCUACGACCGGCAGGAGAUCGUCCUCUUCGACAGUGACCGCGGGGAGUUUGUGGCCGUCGCGGAGUUGGGGAAGGCGGUUGUGGACUGGAUGUUGCUGCAGGACUGGGAGGACCGAGUGGAUUACUUGUGCCGAAACAACUCCCAGGUGUUCAACUACGAGGCGUCCUUGAGCCAGUUCAAUAUGAUUGCAUAUACACGAGAUUCCAAAAUAGACUUUUAA